UACCAGUCAAAAUAGUUAUUCAUUAUCUAUUUUUUUAUACCUAAGGAUGAAUGACAAUAAUUGUUUCUCCUUUUUAACAUUAACAUCAGAGGAUUCCCCAAUGAAUGAUGAUGAUAUUUGCAAAGACAAAAAAAAGAAGAAGGAUGAUGGAUGCUGGCUUGAUGAUUCCUUAUCCCAAGAAAAUCUUACGGAUAUUAUGAUUUUGACACCGGAUGAAACGACGACGGAUAACAGUAAUCACAUAUGCACCACUAGUAUCCGGUUAUUCUUUGAUGAACUCGGGUACUUGACGGAAGAACCUCAACCUAUUGAUCCUACCAAGAACUAUGCAGAGGAGUUUGAAGCCCGUGUGGCACAACACACCUAUAAGAAAACUCGCCGUCGUCAUAUCGAUCUCUCACGUAUUCCUUCUUUACUGGACGAGGAUCCUGCUUCUGAUAUGUCUUCUACCUCCUCCUCUUUUAUUCAUCAUCCAACAGAUAUCGAACCUUAUCCUGUUUUUAGAUGAUCUUUCUUUUCAUGAUACAUCUAUAGACAAACCCCUCCUUUUUUUUUUUUAAUUCUCCUAAUGACCAAUCCCGCAUUAUAUAAUUUUUUUUUCAUUGGUUUCUCAACAAUAUACCAACAUCUAUUUAGAUCUCUAUAAUAAAAUGACCUAUUCCUCAAUGGAUACAUCAUUCGAUUUUAUUUUUA